AUGAACGAAGCUGAUGGUAUUUGGGCUGAUCCCCAAAAAAUUGAAACAAUUCAGAAUUGGUCGAGGCCUACUACAGUGACUGAAAUCAGGAGUUUCUUAGGUUUAGCGGGCUAUUAUCGUUGCUUUGUCCAAGAUUUCUCUAAGAUCACGGCUCCUUUGACUCGGUUGACUCAAAAAAAUGUGAAGUUUCAGUGGUCAGAUAGUUGUGAGGAGAGCUUUCUGAAGCUCAAGGCUUGUUUGACUUCAGCUCCGAUUUUAACUUUGACGACGGGGACUGGUGGAUAUGCAGUAUAUUGUGAUGCUUCCAGAGUGGGAUUGGGUUGUGUUAAAGAAGUAUGA